GCCUCUCCGGGGACCUCAACCAGCGAGGACGCCGCCGCCGGACGUUAGACGCGAAGGAGGGCGGGGUAAUGCAAUCAUGUAGUCACAAGUCGUAGCCCCAAGUUCCGUUGUUGACGGUAGUAGUUACGAGAACACCACCACCACCAUUGAUAAUAAUAUUUUCAUUCAUCCGAUUUUUA